GAUGUUCCCGGUGCUGAAGGUGAACGUGUCUGGCCUGGACCCCAACGCCAUGUAUUCGUUCCUGCUGGACUUCGUGGCCGCCGACAGCCACCGCUGGAAGUACGUGAACGGGGAGUGGGUCCCCGGCGGCAAGCCCGAGCCGCAGGCGCCCAGCUGCGUCUACAUCCACCCGGACUCGCCCAACUUCGGGGCGCACUGGAUGAAGGCGCCGGUGUCCUUCAGCAAAGUCAAGCUCACCAACAAGCUCAACGGAGGGGGACAGAUCAUGCUGAACUCCUUACAUAAGUAUGAGCCUCGAAUUCACAUAGUGAGAGUUGGGGGUCCACAGCGCAUGAUCACCAGUCAUUGCUUCCCGGAGACCCAGUUCAUAGCUGUGACGGCUUACCAGAACGAGGAGAUCACAGCUCUUAAAAUUAAAUACAAUCCAUUUGCAAAAGCUUUCCUUGAUGCAAAGGAAAGAAGUGACCACAAAGACUCGAUGGAGGAACCAGGAGACAGCCAGCAACCUGGGUACUCCCAAUGGGGGUGGCUUGUUCCUGGAACCAGCACCCUCUGUCCACCUGCCAACCCCCAUCCUCAGUUUGGCGGCCCCCUCUCCCUGCCCCCCACGCAUGGCUGUGAAAGGUACCCGGCCCUGAGGAACCACCGGUCAUCGCCCUAUCCCAGCCCCUACACGCAUCGGAACAAUUCUCCAACCUGUUCUGACAAUUCAUCUGCAUGUUUGUCCGUGCUGCCAUCCCAUGACAGCUGGUCCAGCCUCGGAGUGCCUGCGCACCCCAGCAUGGUCCCCAUGAGUCCGAACGCCAGUCCCUCUGCUGGCUCCAGUCAGUACCCCGGCCUGUGGCCGGUGGGUGGCGGCGCCGCGGGCGCGCAGGCGACAGGGGUGUCCGGCGGGCUGGGCGCCCAGUUCUUUCGAGGGGCCCCCGCACACUACGCACCGCUUCCCCACUCGGCCGCCUCCUCCACGGGAUCCCCGCUGUAUGACGGGGCUGCCACCGUCACCGACAUCCCUGACAGCCAGUACGACGCCUCGGCCCAAGGCCGCCUCCUAGCCUCCUGGACACCCGUGUCACCCCCGUCCAUGUGAAUCCAGACCCCGGCUUUACAGGAUGACCUUCUUGCAGUGACUCUCGUGGUGGCCACGUGUGUGGAUUGGAUCGGUCUACUAGUUACAAAAGGACAGUGUCAGGGGCUGAGGGC